AGCAUGCAGCAUGAGUUUAAAUGAUACACCUUAAAUUAAAACAAUUUCAGUCUUAAAAUGCCUCAACAUAUGUAACGAGGAUGCUUAGAAGGAGCACGAUGAUAGCUGACGGCUGUACAGGGUGUUGAUGAUUGUUUAUCGGCUAACACAUUUACAACUAUAUGUGGGUGAAUGGGAACAAUGUGAGUACACAGCUUCAGCAACACUUUGUAUCUAGCGGAUAUAUAACACUUACGAAAAACAACAUCUCUCAAUUAUCUUACGGCAUCUUAGAUCAGCUGAAAAUGUCUUUCGGUCGGGAUGAUGUCGAAAGGGUUGAACGAUUGGGUACACAUCUUCAAAAGUUGAGACAAGACACAAAAGAGGUUGCGGAUGCUUUGCUUGUUAUUUCCAGAGAGUUCCACAUAGUAUAUCUAGAUUCCAAGAAAGCCACCAUUAAGGGAUCGACGGCAGGUGUGGUCGGGGGAACACUAGCUGCUAUAGGAUUCGGCUUGUCGUUUGUUACUUUUGGUGCUUCGAUUGGAUUGACUGUAGUUGGAGCAUUGAUCGGUGCGGCCGGUGGCAUGGUAACAGGCCAUGCUUCAAUUAAAGAAAGUGUCAAAAGUAAGAGAGCAGUCAAGGAGGCAGAGCAGCUUAUCGAAAGGUUCGAAAACACGAGAAACAUAAUUUUAACGGAAUGCAAAGAGAUUUCUGAUAAACUUCAAAUAGACGGACUGGACACAGUCUUUCAACACUGGAUGAGUUUCUUCAGCAAACUAGUUGGUGGAUCUGUCAAAAUUGGCUGGUCCGUGGUUUAUAAAACUAUCUACAACACUGUGUCAAAUAUUAAACUAGGAAGGGCAGCUUCACAAUUUACCAUUGAGUCCUUGAGUUCUACUACUGGGCGCGUGACAGCAGCUUCGUUAAAGGCUACGUCUGUAGUUGCCAGGGGUUUCCAUAUAGCAGGUGGUGUUAUGGGUAUCGUUUUAAUACCCGUAGAUAUAGGGUUCCUCGUGCAUUCUGCACGUGCUGUGGCAGCUGAUAAAUUGCCGGACACUUAUAAGAAGAUUACUGAGGUGGCCGAAUAAUUGCUUGAAAAUUGUCCAGAUGAAACGAUAUCUCCCAAAUGAUUGCGGGAACCAUUCGUGAAAUAAAUCUGGCAAUUUCACUGCAAUCGGAGGAGUAUGUAACGCAGAUAUAAUAGUACACCAUCGGAUCUCAUUUUGACCUCAAAAUUGACCUACUUUUGUCAAAUGAGACAAUUGAUCAAUACUUACAAGGUAAAAAACACACAAUGUUUUCCAUUGGAACCGUAUGCAAUUAUGUAACGCAACAUCUUGUUUACCUUGUUGUUUGAUAUGUUUUUCGACUUUUACAAUAUUGAACUGUCACCGCUUACCAGUUUGAAUUACAGAGUAGUACAAUCUUGUAAACCUCUACGUAUGUAACCAGGAGACAAACAAACUAUGCAUACGUUAUACCAACAACGUAUUUAAGCUUUAGAUAUUGGUCCAAACAUAAUUUUAACACCCAAAAUUAAAACUAAUUUCUUAACAAAGUAUUGAUAUUCUUACAUAGUACUUGUGUGUAUUGUCUCCUGUUAAGAAAAGAAGUCUCUCAUUGUUUACAGUAUUUAAUUUAAUUUUAAUAAUUCUACAAAUUUCAACAUAAGUCUACAACUAACUUAUCCUCAUGUAAUUACAUCGGAUCACAUACAUUUAUUGCUUUGUAUGUGUAAUGUCUUCGUAUCCGGAAAUAAAGCUUGUGUAUUAAAUUAUUCCAUGUGUAAUUUUGCUAUGUACAUACCUGUUCACCAUCUUGUUUUCAUUUCUUACUUGAUAUCCAUGACAGAUCAAAUGAAUUAAGAUAAUCACAUUUGAUGGUGGUAGGUAAUAUUGAACACUAUUUCGAUUUUCUACAUCGGUACAUUUUAACGCGAAUCAGCGAUAACAAAUCAUUUUCAUGUUGUGCUUGUUGUUUUAUGUUAUUUAUUAUAAACACACUGCAAAUGCCAUGCGUCUUAGAGCCUUUUUGCACAAUUUUACGAAACAUAUUUCACUAGUCUGUAAGAUAUAUAGGCGUAUAAAAUGACAAAAUCAUUCAUUGAGUAUCAUUCCUUUUGAGAAAGUCAUACUGUGAGAUUUGUGCAUUUCAAAUUUUAUAAUUAACACAUCGUCGAAACCCACGGUAUACUUAACCCUGUGCAUGCUUGGAAAUUUGUCGUCUGCUAAAAUGUCUGCUGAAUUUCUAAAAUUAGCAUUUUCUUUGAUAUUUUUUCAAAAAAUACUAUCAGAAUAGCAGACAGUUUGGAUCCUGAUGAGACGCCACGUUUUGUGGCGUCUCAUCUGGAUCCAAACUGUUUGCAAAGGCCUUCAAAAUUCGGUUCCAGCACUGAAAGAGUUAACGUUAUUACUACAGUGUAACAGUAAGUACAAAUGAUAUGCAGAAGCAAAGCGUAUUUGAGUGAACGUGGGUUCCGACAAUGUAAUAACCCUAGCAAAUUACGGUUAAUGCAUACCAAUUAAAAGAGGUAUCACUUAAAACUAUAUAGAGAAUAACAAGCUACUGUAAUAAUAUAAUAGGCGAGGCUUAAAAUAAAAAAAUGGCAAAACUUUUCUUCCCGUGUUUUUUAUUCGUACCGAGCUUGAUGUAUUACAACGCGAUAGCGCAGUACUAUGUUUUUCUGUUUGUCAUACCUGUUAAAAAUAAUUAAAAAUUUUCAUACUGCUAAACUGUGUCUAUUUGAAGUAUUGUUGUUCUUGGGUAUCCUUGUCGAAGACGAUGCUUCUUACUUUGACGAGAAAACGUUAACGAAGUCGAACGCUCAUGAACACUCAAUUGUUAUCACGCAUAACAUA